GUACUCUGUGUGUGUGGUAGAUCAUAUCCCUCGAACACUCGGCCAUGGAGGUUUUCUGGUUGCUUCUCUUGGUAUCGUAUUUAGGCGGAGUGCAGGGCGAGGGGAACUGUACUUUGUGCUCGGCUUGGAUCGAUCGUGCGGUAUGUGGCUAUAACAAUCGAUGUUACACCAGCUUCAAAAGCUCCUGCGAAAUGGAAAUGUUGAAUUGUAAACUUCCGGAUGUAUACAGAUUUACAGAGACUCCCUUCUAUGGCCAUUGCUUUAGACCCAAUGUAGCUAAAUGCAAGGCCUAUGUUUUAUUAGAACAACUGAAUAAAAUAGACAGUUCCGUGGAAAUGUUCGCUUAAUUAGUAAAUUAUUAAAAUUUCACAAAUGUAUUGAAAAUAUAAGAGUAUACUUUAUA